UGAAAAGUGAUAAAAAUCGUGCUCCGUUAAAAAUGUGUAACAGAAUAUUAUUUAUUUUUCUAGUAUUAUUUGCGUUCAUUAGCCCAUGUUUGAUGGCGAACGGACGCAAAUAUGAUGUGGAAACUGAAGCGUUUAAGUUGUAUGGUGAAGACUUUAAAACUGUACUGAGGAGAUUUAGGAAGACACCCGAUUAUUUGAAGAUCCUGAAUGAUAAGAUGAGAGACCUCCGCACAUACGUGUCAGAGAUGAGUCUCCAGGUGCUACACUACUUUCAUACCAAGAUGGCUCAGAGGGUCAAUGACAUCAUAGGUGUGUCUCGUGUCGACGAUGGUGCAUCAUCAUCCUCUAGUCCUAUGCUUUACUAUCACGCUUACGGCAACAGGAGACAACAGAAUGAUAUGAAUCAAGACGAGUAUAGUAGGAUUGGAAUUAAAGUUUUAGAUGCAUAUAAAAUAUUCGGACAUCCACUAACAGUCCAAGAGAGGAAUAGCUUUAAAGACCUUGGAUUUGAAUUCGCAGGGUAA